AUGGUUGUCAAGUGGAGCAGCGAGAAGGACCAGUUCAUCUUGUGCCACAUCCUUGAGGACAAGGGCAUCAAAAUCAGCAACGAUGUUCUCGACUCCAUGAUUGCUGCCUGGCCCAGCUCCUUCGGCGACCCACCCACCAGAAAAGCCUUCACCGAACACUUCUCCAAGAUUCGCAAGACCAACAAGGUCAUCGCUGGAGGCGCCGCCACCGCCCCAAACACUCCCACCGUCGCCGCCGCCAAGAAGAGAAAGACCCUCGCCAGCAAGACCCCUGCAAAGCGCAAGGCCCAGAUCACCUCCGACUCCGACGAUGAAGAAACCCCUCUGCCCAAAAAGACCCCCGCCAAGCGCAGAAAGAACAUUGCUGCUGAGGACUCUGAUGAGGACAUGGAGAAGGAGAUGAAGGACUUGGGCGUUAAGGUUAAGGAUGAACCUGUUGAUGAGGAGGACAGCCCUACCAAGAAACCUGCUCGUCGUACCAAGGCAGAGGUUCAGUAUGCUGAGAGCGAUGAUGGCGAGGCCAGUCACCCUGAGGAUGCUGAUGAGGAGUAUGUCGACAAGCAGGUUGUUGCUCACAUGACUGCUUACCUCAACACUCCUGAUUCUGGCGAUGAGGGUGCCGAAGUCUGA